AUGGCUUCUUCUCAGAAUUCUUGGUUUGUGGUAGUCCUCAUGUGUCUCAUCGACCUUGCUGUGUUAAAUACUCAGCUAGUGUCCUGUAGCAAAUUGGGUCCUGCAAGCAAUGUCUUAAAGCAACUGUUUUUCCCAGAUUUCAGAGCCCACAAUAGAAUAAAUCAUGAAAUAAGGUUUCUGGGCUGUGCAGGGCUGCAAGAAAAUGAAGGGAUCAUUCAGAUACCCAGUACCAAUGAUCUUAAUCAUAAUCUUUCCUUUCAGGCUGGAAAAGCUCUGUAUUCCUCUCCCAUAAGGAUGAUGGAUCCUGACACAGACAUUCCUGCCUCUUUCCACACGACAUUCUCCUUCCAAAUAGACUCCAACUCUGGAUCUUCCAGUGGCUUAGCUUUCGUAAUUGUACCUGAUGAAGUCACCGUGGGAAGACCUGGAGGCUGGCUGGGAAUGCUCAAUGAUGCCUGCGAUGAAAAAUAUAAGGCUCUUGCAGUAGAAUUUGACACCUUCAAAAAUGAAGAAUUCGGUGACCCCAAUGACAAUCAUAUUGGCAUAAAUUUGGGAAGCAUAGUGUCAAAUGUGACUAUAGAUGCUGGUGUUGCAGGAAUUUUCUUCAGAGAUGGAUCCAAUGUCAGAGCUUGGAUUGACUAUGAUGGAGUUAAUCAAAGGAUUGAGCUGAGCCUUGCUAGAGAUGAUGGAUCCCCAAUGCCCAGCAAGCCACUUUAUUCAGCUGGACUUGAUCUAUCUAACUAUUUGAAUGAAUAUAUGUUUGUGGGGUUCUCUGCAUCUACAGGACAUGCAGCACAAAUUCAUAAAAUCCUUUCAUGGAAUUUUUCUGCUACCAGUUCUGCAUUUCUGAGACUGCCUAAUGAGACGACAUGUGAGAGAAAGAUGUUUAAAGCUUCUAAAAUUGCACCCAAGGAGCCUCCUGAGGCAUUUUUUGUAUUUCUUGCAGUGGUUGGAGUGUUUCUCAUGGUUUUGGUAUACUUUCUCUGCAACAGGAAGGCCAAGGACCAGACCAUAUCCUUGGCAACAAAAUUAAUACUAAACAAAAAUACAGCACGUCCUACACCACCCAAUAAGCCCAGGCGGUUUUCCAUGUCUGAGUUGUCCUUAGCCACUAGGUCUUUUAGUGAAAGUGAGAUUUUGGGGAGUGGAGGCAAGGGAGUCUUCUACAAGGGUGUACUCCAGAAUGGUACACUUGUGGCUGUAAAACGGUUCUCUAAAGGUGCCUUCAAUAUAGAUAAGAAUAAGAUAAUGAAGGAAAUUAAGGUCAUUAGUAGACUGAAGCACCCUAAUUUGGUGCCCCUAAAGGGAUGGUGCAAUGACAAGCAUGAACUUGUAACGAUCUAUGAGUAUAUGCAAAAUGGCAGUCUGGAUAAGUGGUUGUUUGCUAGAGGAGUUCUUCCAUGGCCAAGAAGAUACAAGGUGGCAAAGGAUGUUGCCGAGGCAAUAUGCUUCUUGCACAGUGGUUGGGAGAAGAAUUUGGUACAUAAAAAUAUCAAGAUCAGCAAUGUUUUGCUAGAUAUUACAUUCAGGGCUAGGCUUGGGGACUUUGGACUAGUUAAUUCCGCUGAUCAGAAACCACAAUGUUUAGGUGAAUUGAAGCUUGAACAUCAUAUACCUCCUGAAAGCCUCCAUGUCUUGCAGCCUACUGAAAAGAUGGAUGUCUAUAACUUUGGGGUCAUGUUGCUUGAGAUUGUCUCGGGGAGGAAGUCUAUGGAUCAUGACUUGAGCCCAGAGGAGGUGGACUUGGUGGAAUUCACCUGGCAGCUUCAUGAGAACGAGAAGUUGUUGCAGGUGGCAGACAAGAGGCUGAUGAUGAGAUACAAUCCAGAGCAAGUUCAAUGUUUGGUUGGAGUGGGCCUGUUGGCUACUCAGAGUGACCCUGGAUCCAGGCCUACAAUGGCAGAAAUUGUUGAUUACAUCAGUGGAGAAGUGCAGUUGCCUUCUCUACCUCCUUGUAGACCAGUUGCCUACUUUUUAUAUCCAAGUGCCCCUGAGCUAUGCAUGAAAAGCUGCUCACCGGCAGGUUUCCCUAUGUUGGGCUAUAAAUCAAACAAAUAA